GUGGUCUGCUGAGCUGUGGAGGGUGGUGGGGCUGAGGGUGGGGUGGAGAGGGUGGUAUCCCCGCCCUGAGGUAGGGACUACUGGGUGACAGACACAAAGGGGUGUGUGAUGGGGCAGGUCACAAUGGGUAGGGGAGGAUAAAAGUUGUCCUGUGGGGUGGUUUAGCAGCAGUGGAUGGUUCAGGUUGGGAAGAAGUGCAGUGGGAUUGCCAGUUGAGGUUGUGGAAUCAAAGAACAAAGGCUGUUGUGAAGUGGAGUAUCAGGCUCAAAUGGAGGUCCCUCCCGAAUGAGCACCGACACCUGUGUGCCUGGACAUCCACGAGGCCCCAACACCUGUGCUCCUGACAGCUCCAUGCACUAAGCAGGGCACAGUCUGGAUCCGGGGGACUGACUGUCUCUGGCAUUGAGCAGUUGGUAAUCAAUACCCCACCCUGUUCUCAGUCACUUGGGGACAAAAAAGAAAGCCUGCAGAACACGACCGCUGGCCCACCUGCCAGAGUGGCCAAGGAAACAGUAUGCCCGCUAAGGCAUGUUAAGGAAGGUGUGGAGCAGCUGCUGGGAACUGUCUUGAUAAAAGAAAGACAUGGAGGACCGGUGUAUGCUACCGUAUUAUUACACGGCCCAAAGCAGCCCCGCAAUGGGCAUGUUUAACACCUCCAUGGGGAAGCUGCAGCGGCAACUGUACAAAGGCGAGUAUACUAUAUUCAGGUACGCACCCAUGUUUGAGAGCGACCUUAUCCAGAUCAGCAAAAGAGGAGAAGUGAUUGACGUGCACAACCGUGCCUGAAUGGUAACAGUGGGCAUCGUUCGCACCAGCCCCUGCCUCACACUACCUGAUGUCAUGCUGCUGGCCCGACCAGCUGCUGUCUGUGACAAUGCCAGGUGUGGUCCUGCCACCCAGAAAAGAGAUAGUCCGCCUGCAGAGAUCUUAGAACUAACCAGGCUGCUUCCCUUGAUGUUUGUGAAAAUAACCAUCCACAACAGCAUAAAAAAACAGCUCCACCUGAAGCUUGCCACUGGCCGCUCUUUUUAUCUUCAGCUGUGUCCCCCCUCAGAUGCAAGUGAAGACCUUUUUGUUCACUGGGAAAACCUUGUUUACAUCCUGAGACCACCAGUGGAGGCUUACAGUGGUACCAAGGCUAUCCUAGCUGGGAACACAUUGGACUCAUCUGUGUUUGAGGAAGUGCAGAGGAGCCCAGUGGGAUAUGACACGAAGUUUUGUGAAGAGAAGGAGCAAUUCAGAAUCAGUAGGCUUCACAUGAAUGCUGAAAUGUUUGGGUCCGCCUAUUAUGAUUACAUAAUAGAGAUAUGA